CAAAAUUGCAGUUCCGCCACCGUCCGUGAUUGGGAGACUAUCACGUUCAGACCAGAGACUUUGGUCGAUCUCCAUGGAUCCCCCUCGAAGAAUGAAAAACUUUGGGAAGCAAAGCAAACAAACAAACCCUUUCGCCCUGAUUGAAUCCUAUCCUGGACCGGGGGAGAUGAGAGAUGAGCUUCGUGGCUUGUCAUCUUUUGGAGCAGAUAAGGACAGAAGCGUCUCUCAGCAGUCAGUCAGCUGUCAACAGAAUAUCGGCACCGAGUCUGCUCUCAAUGACACCAGAUUACGUCGACCAGACGCUGAUUCAGAUGGGAUUGAAGUCGGGAUAUAGCAGCCAGCCAGCAGAACCAGGAGAAAUUCUCCUGUGACAUCAAUCGCCAGCACCCUCCCUGACUCGGCAAGAUUGACGGAUGGGAUUAUUUGUGGUAUACUCCCUGCACCUCAGAGCCUUGCCAGAUCUCCCAUAAGGCGACCAACCACUGUCGCUGACAUGUAGCCCCAAAUCGGAGAACACAGCCCAUCCAGAUGGUUACUUGGUUAGGUUCGGCGCACUCUCGGGAUCUUUCAGUCGACUGGAUUUUUUUCUCGCUUCCACCCCCAAUCAGCGUGUCUGCUAAGGCGCGGCUGUUCUCAACGGUACAUUCCAGUUGGCUUCGGUCUGAACUGCGCUGACUUAUCAGCCUCCACCGUCCCUCAGGAGUGGCAUUCGGUGUCCUCGCUCAAACAAGGGGCAUGCCGACUUUUCCUUUGACCUGAGUUAAGCUUAAUUGAAUGUGCCGUUCCAUUGGGUGCAAGGCUGCCUCGCGGCGAGCCUUUCCGCCAACUCACUCCACUUGGGCGACCUCGUCGUCUCUCGCGUUUUGCGCACGGCCGAGUACGGCACUGAGGAUCGAACCACAUGCAUAUGCCUCUGAAAUCAAUGUUGGAUCCUGGCGCCUUUUGGCACUGGGGCCGCACAGAUUCUCGCGAGAUGGUGUCCUGGUUGGGCAGCGAAGCCUCUAGAUCGGUUUUGUCAACACUGCACGAGACUUCGUGGACCCAUGGUAUAUAUACAUCACGUUCCCGGGUCUUCGUUACCCCCUUUGCGUCUCCCAGCUCAAUUUUGGCAUUCUGAUCUGCCCAAAGAAGCAGUCCUAUUGUUCCAAACUAUUUCCCUUGACUAUUUUUAAUUCGCCGAGCUCACCAUGGACCAACCUCACAUAUCCCAUGGGACCUCCCUAACCACCACGCCCACGGUGUCGGACGCUGGCGGGGUUCUGGAGCAUGGCGUCGAGAAAUCAGACACCAGGCUGACCCGGGCUUCGACUCGUCGGACGCUGGAGCAUUACGAGACCAGACCGACGCAAGAUGCCUCGGAUUUGCUGGAUUUGCCUUACGAUAUCCUCAGCGAUGAGGCCGAUAUGAACGAAUAUUUGGAGGAGACGACGACCGGUGUGAUCCCCAAGAAGACAGUAUCGAGGGUGACCGGGCGGCUCGAGGAACAUGAAUUGGUUACUUUCAAGAUUGGCGAUCCAGAAAACCCAAAGAAUUGGUCCAAGCCCUACAAAUGGUGGUGCACCAUGACCGUGGCAUUCACUUGCUUUACCGUCGCCUUCAAUAGCGCUGUCAUCACGGCCGACUUGGAAGGUGUUUCUGAACGAUUCCACGUUUCAGAGGAAGUCUCCCUCUUGACCAUCACCAUGUUCGUCAUUGGCUUCGGUGUCGGUCCCCUCGCCUUUGCGCCCCUCUCAGAACUCUACGGUCGGAAGCCGGUCUAUGUCCUCACCCUGGGUCUUGCCGUCAUCUUCGAGAUCCCCUGCGCCGUGGCACAAAACAUUGGUACUCUGUUGGUCUGUCGUCUAAUCGACGGCAUCGCCUUCUCUGCGCCCAUGACCCUCGUCGGCGGCACGUUGGCCGAUCUCUGGAAGAACGAAGAGCGGGGUGUCCCCAUGGCUGUCUUCUCGGCUGCUCCCUUCAUCGGCCCUGCGAUCGGCCCCUUGGCUGGAGGCUUCCUCGGUGACGCCGCUGGCUGGCGCUGGCUUUACUGGAUCCAACUCAUCCUCGCGGGGGUGUGUUUGGGCAUCUUGACCUUUACCGUGCCGGAGACCUACGCCCCCAUUCUCCUGGACAAACGCGCAAAGAAACUCCGCAAGGAGACGGGCGACAGCAGAUACGUCACCGAACGGGACCUCGACAUGCGUCCUCUGACCCAGCAAUUGGCCAUCUUCCUCCUCCGGCCCCUGCAGUUGCUCUUCCUCGAACCCAUCGUCCUUCUCAUCUCCUUGUACAUGUCGGUGCUUUAUGGCCUCCUGUACAUGUUCUUCGUCGCAUACCCGAUUGUCUAUGUCGAGGGCAAGGGAUGGUCUGAAGGCAGCACGGGACUGAUGUUCAUCCCGCUGGCCCUCGGCGUCGUCUGUUCCGCCGUGCUGUCCCCACUGGUCAACAAGCACUACCUCUCCGUCUGCGCCAAGUACCCGGACGGCAAGCCGCCCGCGGAAGCACGACUCAUCCCGAUGAUGCUCUCGUGCUGGCUGAUCCCGAUCGGCCUGUUCAUCUUUGGCUGGACCUCGUACCCGGACGUCUCGUACUGGGGGCCCAUGAUGGGCGGCUUCCCCGUCGGGUUCGGCUUCAUCUUCCUGUACAACUCGGCCAACAACUACCUCGUCGACACGUACCAGCACCUCGCGGCCUCGGCGCUCGCGGCCAAGACCUGCAUCCGGUCCUUCUGGGGCGCCGGCGUCGUACUGUUCACCGUCCAGAUGUAUCACACCCUGGGCUACCAGUGGGCCAGCUCGCUCCUGGCGUUCCUGGCCCUCGCGUGCUGCGCGAUCCCGUACGUCUUCUACUUCUACGGCGCUCGCAUCCGGAGGCUCAGCCGGUACGCGUUCCACGACGAGAACGAGGCUUCUCCCGUGAGAACGAAGACGGAGGGGGAAGUGUAAACCAGAGACUAUCAAGAAGUGGCGGUGGCAGCGGCAGCAGCAGCAGCAGUAAUGUCGGUGAGAACAGCAACGUUGGAACAAACAGUCGCCGAGAAAAGUACACACGCACGAGGGGCUACUCUGCGCCAGACGAGAACCUCCUCCCCCUCAAAGGUAGCAGGAGGUCCUCUGGCAGGAGACACAGAAUGGAGAGAGGGGAGGUAUUCUAACAGCCCCGCAGGUCUGGUUUCGUUCUUUGUUUGGCGUGGGUGGAUGGAGUCAUGGAGGGAUGGCACGGCACAGCAUGUCCUUGUUAGUCCACGUCCACGGAGUUUUCCUCCAUUUUGGACCUUCAUUCAGAGGACUUUUGAUGAAUUUGUUUUUCGGUUUGGUUUGGUUUGGUUUGGUUUGGUUUGGUUUGGUUGUCACAAUAUUCAGCCUCGGGGGUAUAGGAUAAGCAGGUGCGGGUGCAGGUGCAGGGGACCAAGGUCCUUGGACCGUUCCCGGGCUGGUUCUGGUUCACAUGCACAUACAUUGCGAGCGAGCGACGCCAUCUCUCCGGGCAGGACGAUGUUUUUGGACUAAAAGCAUGUCUGUCGACGGAAGGUGAUCGGGGGUCUUUGUAUGUAUGGAAUUUGUGGUGAUCUUGAUCUUGAUCUUGAUUCUGAUCUUGAUAUCUCGUAUUGAUUCAUCGAUUCCUCGA